AUGAGUGAACCAAAGGCUUCUAAGAAAAACGUUGUGUUUAUAGAUGAAGUAGAGAGGCAAAAAGACCAGAAAAUGAAGGAUAAGGGAGAAGAUAAAGAUAAAGUUUAUGUUCCACCCUCUCCUUAUAAACCACCAAUUCCAUACCCGCAAAGACUUAAACAGAAAAAAAUUGAUAACCAAUAUAAAACGUUUAUAAAAGUGAUUGAGAAACUCCACAUAGAAAUCCCUUUCACCGAAGCCAUCACCCAGAUACCAUCUUAUGUUAAAUUCCUUAAGGACAUCUUAACCAACAAACGUAGGCUGGAUGAUCCCAAACCUUUAGAAUGCAACUCCAUUACUGAGAAUAAACUUGCUAAGAAGGAGAAAGAUCCCGGGAGCUUUUCCAUACCUUGUAUUUUAGGGAAUCAUGUUAUAGACAAAGCGUUCCUAGACUUGGGAGCAAGCGUAAGCCUGGUGCCUUUAGCAGUUUGUAGAAGGCUAAACCUAUGA